UUCCUGCUGCGGGCCUGCGAGGCCGAGGGCGCCCAGUUCAUCUCCGUGCCCUUCGGGGAGCUGGACUUCGGGGAGACAGCUGUGCUCGACGCCUUCUACGACGCAGAUGUUGCCGUGGUGGACAUGAGCGAUGUUUCCAGACAGCCUUCACUCUUUUACCAUCUGGGGGUCCGAGAAAGCUUUGACAUGGCCAACAAUGUGAUCCUGUACCAUGACACCGACGCGGACAUGGCUCUUUCAUUGAAGGAUAUGGUAACUCAGAAAAACACAGCAUCUAGUGGAAAUUAUUAUUUCAUCCCGUACAUCGUGACACCGUGUGCUGAUUAUUUUUGCUGCGAGAGUGACGCCCAGAGGCGCGCCUCAGAGUACAUGCAGCCCAACUGGGACGCCAUCCUGGGUCCGCUGUGUGUGCCCCUGGUGGACCGGUUUAGUAGCCUCCUCAAGGACAUCCACGUGACCUCAUGCGCUUACUACAAAGAAACCUUGUUAAACGACAUCCGGAGAGCCCGAGAGAAAUACCAGGGCGAUGAACUGGCGAGGGAGCUGGCUCGGAUCAGACUUCGCUUGGACAACACCGAAGUUCUGACCUCGGACAUCAUCGUUAAUUUGCUGCUGUCCUACCGUGACAUCCAGGACUACGACGCCAUGGUGAAGCUGGUGGAGGCCCUGGAGACGCUGCCGACGUGCGCCUUGGCCGACCAGCAGAAUGUCAAAUUCCACUACGCGUUUGCACUGAACAGGAGAAACAGUGCAGGCGACCGCGAGAAGGCUCUGCAGGUCAUGCUCCAGGUUCUGCAGAGCUGUGACCACCCGGCCCCCGACAUGUUCUGCCUGUGUGGGAGGAUCUACAAGGACAUCUUCUUGGACUCAGACUGCAGAGAUGACACCAGCCGAGACAACGCCAUUGAGUGUCAUGAUAUUCCUACUCGCCCAUGGAAGGGAAAGCAGCUCUCUGUGUAUAGAAAAAAUAGUAAGAGAACUGAAAUGACACUCUUAAAACUUCUGGCAGUGCUGGUGAUAGAACCAACCAAAGUCUACCAGCCUUCAUAUGUCUCCAUAAACAACGAAGCUGAGGAGAAGAUGGUUUCUCUGUGGCAUGUCUCACCCGCGGAAAUGAAACAAAUUCACGAAUGGAAUUUUACAGCUUCUUCCAUUAGGGGAAUAAGCAUAUCCAAGUUUGAUGAGCGGUGUUGUUUCCUUUAUGUCCAUGAUAAUUCUGAUGAUUUUCAAAUCUACUUUUCCACUGAAGACCACUGUAGUAGGUUUUGUUCUUUGGUUAAAGAGAUGAUAAGCAACUCAGUGGGCAGUACAGUGGAGCUGGAGGGGGACACCGAUGGCGACACCUUAGAGUAUGAGUAUGACCACGAUGCAAACGGCGAUAGGGUCGUGCUGGGGAAAGGCACAUAUGGGAUCGUGUAUGCUGGAAGAGACCUGAGCAACCAAGUGCGAAUAGCCAUCAAGGAAAUCCCGGAGAGAGACAGCAGGUACUCUCAGCCUCUGCACGAGGAGAUAGCGCUGCACAAGUACCUCCACCACUGCAAUAUCGUCCGCUACCUGGGCUCUGUGUCCGAGCACGGCUACGUAAAGAUAUUUAUGGAGCAGGUCCCUGGGGGAAGCCUUUCUGCUCUUCUGCGAUCAAAAUGGGGGCCGAUGAAGGAGCCCACCAUCAAGUUCUACACCAGGCAGAUCCUGGAAGGCCUGAAGUAUCUCCACGAAAACCAGAUCGUGCACAGAGACAUCAAGGGUGAUAAUGUUCUGGUAAAUACCUACAGUGGAGUGGUGAAGAUCUCUGAUUUCGGAACCUCCAAACGGCUUGCAGGAGUGAAUCCGUGCACCGAGACCUUUGCUGGCACUCUGCAGUACAUGGCACCUGAGAUUAUCGACCAGGGACCUCGCGGGUACGGUGCCCCGGCGGAUAUCUGGUCCCUGGGCUGCACCAUCAUCGAGAUGGCCACCAGCAGACCUCCGUUCCACGAGCUCGGCGAACCGCAGGCAGCGAUGUUCAAAGUGGGGAUGUUUAAGAUCCACCCGGAGAUUCCAGAAGGCCUUUCAAUGGAUGCCAGAGCCUUCAUUUUAUCCUGUUUUGAGCCUGACCCCCACAAACGUGCCACUGCUGGCGAGCUGCUCAGAGAGGGUUUCUUAAGGCAGGUGAACAAGGGCAAGAAGAACCGAAUUGCUUUCAAGCCGGCAGAGAGUACCCGGGGCACCGCCCUAGCCCUGCCCACGUCUGGGGAGCCCAUGGGCAGCAGCAGCAGUGAGCACGGCUCUGUGUCCCCAGACUCCGAUGCCCAGCUGGAUACGUUCUUCGAGAAGGCCCGGGCACCCAAGCACAGGCUCAGCCACCUGCUCAGUGUUCCGGAUGAGAGCGCAGCCUCGUCCCCAGAGGACAGGGACCCAGGCCUCUUCCUGCUGCGCAAGGACAGUGAGCGCCGUGCCAUCCUGUACAAAAUCCUCUGGGAGGAGCAGAACCAGGUGGCUUCCAACCUGCAGGAGUGCGUGGCCCAGAGUUCGGAAGACUUGCAUCUCUCAGUCGGCCACAUCAAGCAAAUAAUUGGGAUCCUGAGGGACUUCAUCCGCUCCCCGGAGCACAGAGUGAUGGCAUCCACAAUAUCAAAGCUAAAGGUGGACCUGGACUUUGACAGCUCGUCGAUCAAUCAGAUUCACCUGGUACUGUUUGGAUUUCAGGAUGCUGUAAAUAAAAUUUUGAGGAACCACUUAAUUAGGCCCCACUGGAUGUUUGCGAUGGACAACAUCAUCCGUCGAGCAGUGCAGGCCGCGGUCACCAUUCUCAUCCCGGAGCUCCGAGCCCACUUUGAGCCCACGUCGGAGACCGAAGGGGUGGACAAGGACACGGACGAGGUAGAAGAGGACUGUCCCCCAGCAGAUGUGCCUGGCAGUGACGCGCAUGAGGCGUGCGGAGGGAGCGGCCCCCGUGCGGCGGCUGCCCCCGAGGCCCAGCCCCAGCAGCUCCACCACCAGCACCUGAGCCUCCAGCUGGGCGAGCUCCGACAGGAGACCAGCAGACUUUUGGAACACCUAGUUCGGAAAGAAAGAGAGUACCAGGAUCUUCUACGGCAAACCCUAGAGCAGAAAACUCAAGAAUUGUAUCAUCUUCAGUUACAAUUCAAAUCUAAUGAUACUACAGAGAACCCAGCAUCCCCUCCUGGGUCUCAGGGGCAGAAAACUGAUCAAGAGCUCAUAGACUGGUUACAACUGCAAGGAGCAGAUGCGAGUACAAUAGAAAAGAUUGUUGAAGAGGGCUAUACGCUAUCUGACAUUCUUAAUGACAUCACUAAGGACGAUCUAAGACACCUCAGACUACGUGGUGGCCUCCUCUGCAGGCUCUGGACUGCAGUCUCCCAGUACAGAAGAAGGUCGCAGGGGUCCCCGGCCUCGCAACAUGAGGCUGAACCAGUCGGCUAGGCCGGGGACAGAGAGAGCCAAGAGCUGACA